AUGUACAUUCACACAGGGGCAGCCAAUCUGAUUGAGUUAAUUCCGCCCACGUCUGUUGCUCAUCACGCUCCACCGCACUGCGCCCCUCCCCCAGGCCCUACCGACGGAGCAAUGUCAUCACCAUCGCAUCUUCAGCAGAGCGGGGGAAAAAAGGACUAUGGAUACGUUUCUGCCGCCGAGACCAUGCCGGAUCCAAUAUCGAGUGUCGGUGAAAGUGGAUUCCUGAGAAAGGACCACACCCCCACCCUCACACCCACCUUUCACUUCACCCCACUUCCCCACCUUAACCUUACCCUUGCUUCACCCUUUUUACUCUCACUCUCACCUCACUUCACUCCCCACCCCAUUCCCCACCCCACCCCCACCCCACCCCACCCCAACCCCACCCCACCCCCCCCCAACCCCCACCCCCCACCCCACCCCACCCCACCCCACCCCACCCCACCUCACUCCCCUGAACCCCACCCCACCCCACCCCACCUCACCCCUCACCCCACCCCACCCCACCCCACCCCACCCCACCCCACCCCUAACCCCCCCCCACCCCCCCCACCCCAACCCACCCCACCCCACCCCACCCCAACCCAACCCCCCCCACCCCACCCCACCCCACCCCAACCCAACCCACCCCAACCCACCCCCCCACCCACCCCACCCCACCCCACCUCACCCCACCCCCCCCACCCCACCCCACACCACCCCCCACCACACCCCACCCCCCCCCCCCCCCCACCCCCCCCACACAACCCCCCCACCCCCCCAACCCCUCCCCACCCCAACUCCCCCCCAACCCCCCCCCCCCCCCCCCCCCCCCCCCCCCCCCCCACCCCCCCACCCCCCCCCACCCCCCCCCCACCCCCACCCCACCCCCCCCCCCCCCCCCCCCCCCCCCCCCACCCAACCCCACCCACACCCACCCCAACCCCACCCCACCCCAACCCCAACCCCAACCCACCCCCACCCACCCCAACCCCACCCCACCCCACCCCAACCCCACCCACACCCCCCCCCACCCCACCCCACCCCACCCCACCCCCCCCACCCCACCCCCACCCACCCCACACCAACCCCACCCCACCCACACCCACCCCCAACCCACCACCCAACCACCCACCCCCCACCCCACCCCCCCCCCCACCCCACCCCAACCCCACCCCAACCCCACCCCCACCCCCACCCCACCCCCCCCCCACCCCACCCCCACCCCACCCCACCCCCACCCCCCCCCCACCCAAACCCCACCCCACUCACCUCACCACCUCACCCCCACCACCCCACCCCACCCCACCCCCACCCCACCCCCACCCCCCCCCACCCCACCCCCCCCCACCCCACCCCACCCCCACCCCACCCACCCCACCCCCACCCCACCCCAACCCCUGGCCCCACCCCACCCCCACUCCCAACCUCACCCCCCACCCCACCCCACCCCCACCCCACCCCACCCCACCCCCCCCCACCCCCACCCCACCCCCACCACCCCACCCACCCUCACCCCCUUUUACCCCACCCCCACCCCAACCCUCACCCCACCCCACCCCACCCCACCCACGCCCACCCCAUCCCCACUCACCCCACCCACCCCACCCACUCACCACCCCAGCCACCCACCACCUGGAAGUCCACACCGCCAUCGAUGUCUCGCUGUGGUCUGUGGAAGACGAUCCCAUCGAUAGUAACCGCCGACACCACCGUGCCAAAACCCACUCGUUGACGCUUAAACAAAGCCAACUGGACUGA